CCCCCCAGUGAUGAGAGUGCCCGGAUGCGGAGCUGCUCUGUGGCCGCUUCGAGUCGCUGAAUGAGGGAGAAAAUGCCCCUUCCCGUUCAAGUGUUAAAUUUUCAGGGAGCAGUGGAACCAAUGCAAAUAGAUGCUGACCCUCAGGAUGAUCAGCAGAAUGCACCCGACACAAACUAUGUUGUGGAGAAUCCCACACUGGAUCUGGAGCAAUAUGCAGCAAGUUACAGUGGUUUGAUGCGAAUUGAGAGGCUUCUGUUUAUAGCAGAACACUGUCCGCAGCUACGCAUUGAAGCCCUGAAGAUGGCACUGUCCUUUGUUCAAAGAACAUUUAAUGUAGAUAUGUAUGAGGAAAUCCACCGCAAGUUGACAGAAGCCACAAGGGAAACUCAGGGUGUUCCAGAUGCAGUGCCAGAGUCAGGUCUGGAGCCCCCUACACUGGACACAGCUUGGGCAGAGUCUACACGGAAGAAAGCUUUGCUGAAACUGGAGAAAUUAGACACUGAUCUGAAGAAUUACAAGGGAAAUUCCAUCAAAGAAAGCAUCAGGAGAGGGCAUGAUGACCUGGGUGAUCACUACCUAGACUGCGGGGAUCUUAGUAAUGCACUGAAAUGUUACUCACGAGCCAGAGACUAUUGCACAAGUGCAAAGCACGUCAUCAACAUGUGUCUGAAUGUCAUUAAGGUCAGUAUCUACCUCCAAAAUUGGUCUCAUGUUCUCAGUUAUGUAAGCAAAGCAGAGUCUACUCCAGAGAUUGCAGAGCAAAGAGGCGAGAGGGACAGUCAGAAUCAGGCCGUGCUGACCAAGUUGAAAUGUGCAGCAGGCCUAGCAGAGUUAGCCACACGAAAAUACAAGCAAGCAGCCAAAUGCUUCUUACUGGCUUCUUUUGAUCACUGUGACUUUCCUGAGCUGCUGUCUCCCAGCAACGUAGCAGUUUACGGUGGACUUUGUGCACUGGCCACUUUUGAUAGGCAAGAACUUCAAAGGAAUGUCAUCUCCAGCAGCUCUUUUAAGUUAUUUCUUGAAUUGGAGCCACAAGUGCGGGAUAUCAUCUUCAAGUUUUAUGAGUCAAAAUAUGCUUCCUGUUUGAAAAUGCUAGACGAAAUGAAGGACAACCUUCUGCUGGAUAUGUACCUAGCUCCACAUGUUAAGACACUCUAUACACAAAUCAGGAACAGAGCCCUCAUUCAGUAUUUCAGCCCAUAUGUUUCUGCUGACAUGAACAAGAUGGCUAUUUCUUUCAACACCACAGUUGGUGCACUGGAGGAUGAGCUGACGCACCUUAUCCUGGAAGGAUUAAUCAAUGGUAGAAUUGAUUCGCAUAGCAAGAUUCUGUAUGCCCGAGAUGUAGAUCAACGCAGCACAACAUUUGAAAAGUCUUUGCAGAUGGGCAAAGAGUUCCAAAGAAGAGCAAAAGCCAUGAUACUCCGAGCUGCUAUUCUGCGCAAUCAAAUCCACGUUAAGUCUCCUCCAAGAGAAGGAAGCCAAGGUGAACUUAAUUCUGCAAACAGUCAAACUCGAAUGAGCACCAACAUGUAAAGAAAUAAAGACCCUGUUGAAGAAGAACCGGUGCUGUGUGCUUUGCCUUCCACAGUUCUUCAACAAAGAACUGCUUCUUUGGCUUUAAAGAAAUUGAAACAAUUGUAGAAGUGAACCUCUAUCCUGCUGUUUUUGGGGGCACGAAGAAAGUUUUGUUGUUUAAGUUAAACAAAAAAUCCUUUGGAUUAAAGAAGAUGAUGAACUGUGUGCUACAGGAUCUGAAUCUUUACUUAAAAAACAUUUUUUAAAUUCUUUUCAGGAUCCUAAUUGUGAUAUGUGGGAGAGGGCUCUGAACAGCCAAGUGGCAAGGUUUUAGUUUCUACAAAACUGUGAAAAGAGUGUUGGAAUAAUAAAUGGAGGAUAUUGUACCAGGGAAUAUGUUACUGUCAGUCCCAGAGAGGUAAAAGCCCACGUCUAUGGAAUGGGACAAAUAAGAAAGUUAUGGAAGCUCUCGUGCAAGUAAAAGCAGUGACGAUCAUUGGUGCAAUAUUCUAUUCAUUCUAAAGGCAUUGUUGAAAAGUACUUUUAAAGAUUUGUCAUAAUGGUGUAAAAUAGUAAUUUGCACUGUUUUAUUAAAUAAAAAGUCCAUAGUUGGGUUUCUAUAUUAUUCUUUGCCAUUGCCGCAUCUUUCGUUCAGCCAAGGCUGUGCCAGACAUUUGUACAUUGCAACAUUUUCUGAUGCUUUAAAAUUGGUUGAUGAUUUAUGUCCUUGCACAGUCAGACCUGGAAACGCAUUCCUUUUUCCACUGCUAUUCCUCUCUCAUCUCUCCAUUGCAUCCCCGUCCCCGUCUCUCCUCUCCCCGCCACCACCCUGACACACCACAGUUAGCUGGUAGUGUUUCUUAGCUUGGCAAGAACAAGGUUCAACCAUCAUCAGGGGACAGAAUUCAAAUAUAUCCCGGCAAUUGACUGCUGUAGCACCAGAUCUGUCCUGAAUUAUCAGUUUGAAUUUUGUUGACUUUCAGAUUCUAAUACUUUCCAACAAUGCCUAUAGAAAGGAACGUUCCCUUAUGUCAUUAUCCUAAAUGUUACUGACUGGUGUCAAAUUUUACCAUGAAAAUGUAUGAUGUCAUAGUUGAUCCAUAAUUGGUUGUUAGAUUGCUGCAGUAAUUGUUGGCUCAAUCUUACGAGUAUUAAACAACGAAUAGUA